GACCUGUGGGAGACACCAGAAGGAGCCAUGUGUGCAGGGGAAAGCCCAGCCCGAGAGAGCAGGAGGAGGAGGGACGGGCGAGGUGCGCCCACCCACAAAAGAGGAGGCGCGAAUGGGGCGUCGUCAGGCGGAGUCGGCUGCACGAGGAAGAGGCGUGAGGAAAGGCCGCGAGCGAGCGGCGGGCUCGUGGAAGAGAUUCCCGCCUCCAGAGUUGAGGGAGAGCGGCCAGAGCAGGGGCGGCGGCGGCCUGAGGGGUCUCGCCGUAGGAACAGCGCGGCACCAGUGCGCUCGCCUCGCGAGGCUGAAGCGGCCUCCGCUAGAACAAGGCUCGACCGCUGAGGGAGGAAAUUGGCGCCUCAGCCGAGGAGUGGGGCCCCUCUCGGCUGUCCGCCGUGGGGAGCGCAGUGGGGUCGAUGCGGUGACGUCCCCACACAGACAGACGUUUUGGUCUGCUGCUUCCCCUCAGGAACGAGCAAGACCAUUUAGGCCGGUACCCAGACGUUUGCGGGUUGGACUCCCCAAGGGCACGCUCGCAAGGCCAAAAGAACCUAAACACCGGCAGCCUAGUAUGUUUCCCAGUUAUUAUAUAAAGCACUGAAUAGUUGUUAACAACCUAUUUUCUUUUUAAGUGCCAAUUUUAUAUGUCCUGAAGAAGAUACAGCCUAAGGCUGAGCGGUUAACAAACCCCUCACGGGGACCAAAACAACCCAGAAUGUAAACUGUAAAAGCCACAUAAUUAUAAAUAACGCAAGCAGCUAUUUAAAAAGUAAACUUUUUAAUUUUUAAAAAAUAAAACUAGCAAGGGAAUUGUUUGGUACGGCACUCUAGAAACACCAGAAUAAUAUUAUCAUUGUAAUUAAGCAACAAAAAGUAUAAUGUUAAUCUACAGCUUUAGUAAAAAGAAAUUUUUAAAAAAGAAAACCUCCUAAUGCUUGCCCAUUUUAUGAGGGAAGGUUGAAGGAAAUAACAGGGUAUGGUUUUCCUGGCAAAGAGAAGACUUGAGGGCAGUGGGAUAGUAAAGAAUGAGCUGGGUUGCAAUAGCUACAACUAAGUGAUAGGGCUCGACAUGAAAUGGGGUAGGUCUUUUCUCCACCCACCCCCUCCCUUGGCUGGAUGCCACGUGAUCGUAGGAGCAGCAGCGAGAAAGUUGUGUGAGAGGUGCUGGAGUCAAGAGGCAGAGAAAAGUCUGCUCAGUUCUAUGCUUUGGGGCUUCGCUGGAAACAUAACAGAAGGAUAUAUAUAUAUAUAUUAUACACUGCUUGAUUUUUUUAAAAUAAACCCUCAAAGAUCUUGUUAAUGCUCAGCCAGUGUGGUGUAGUGGUUAAGAGCGGUAGUCUCAUAAUCUGGGGAACCGGGUUUGAGUCUCCGCUCCUCCACAUGCAGCUGCUGGGUGACCUUGGGCUAGUCACACUUCUCUGAAGUCUCUCAGCCCCACUCACCUCACAGAGUGUUUGUUGUGGGGGAGGAAGGGAAAGGAGAAUGUUAGCCGCUUUGAGACUCCUUAAAGGGAGUGAAAGGCGGGAUAUCAAAUCCAAACUCUUCUUCUUCUUCUUCUUCUCAGCUCCUCCAUCCUACACUCAGGUUCUAUAUAUGUGUAAAUGAAACCUCACAUCCUAAAGACACAAAAGUCUGUACUGUGUUGACCAUCAUUCCAGGGAAGUCAAACUCUGGAAAAUGCUUGGAAACCCUGGAGUCUCUUCCCACUCAGAGAUUGGGCUGGCACAUAACAUUAUGUAGAAUUUAUUAUGGAAGCUGGGAAAACAAAUCUCUUCUGUCCAGCAGCAGCAGACACUGUAAAUACAUCACCACGAACACAGAACUAUGGUUCCUUCAGAAUUCUGCCCUCGAUGACUUUAUUAUGUCCAGGGCUUUUUUCCCCCAGCUGGAACUGAGUUCCAGCAGCUCUCAGGUGGGUGCCAUUGCCAUUAUAAGAGAACAAGGGAGGUGUUCGUGGUGAGUUCCAGCACCCUUUUUUUUUAUAUCCACAUAUGUGCUUAUAUUUUUAUUUCCACUGCAGGGGCUCAUGGCACGUUCAAGAGCGUGCUAUUUAUCUGGGAAACAGUGCUAAGGAGCAGGGGUCAGCAACCUUUUUCAGCCGUGGGCCAGUCCACCGUCCCUCAGACCAUGUGGUGGGCCGGACUAUUUUUUUGGGGGGGGGAAUGAACAAAUUCCUGUGCCCCACAAAUAACCCAGAGAUGCAUUUUAAAUAAAAGCACACAUUCUGCUCAUGUAAAAACACCAGGCAGGCCCCACAUAUAACCCAGAGAUGCAUUUUAAAUAAAAGGACACAUUCUACUCAUGUAAAAACAUGCUGAUUCCCGGACCGUCUGUGGGCCGGAUUGAGAAGGCAAUUGGGCCACAUCCGGCCCACGGGCCUUAGGUUGCCUACCCCUGCUAAAGAGGAACCAUUUCUUCUCUACUCCCAAUCAAAAACAGGCACGUACACCACACAAACAUUUUUUAAACCCAAACUUCUCCUACAACUAUGUUUUGACCUUUAAAGGUUAAGCAAGACUUUGCUGCUGCUUCAGUCUUCUUCCCCUGUAAAGGUGACUACAUAUACAGUAUAAAUUUGCAGAGUGCACCCAGCCAAUAGUCAGUGGUAACAGCUCUGACCAACUCUGCCUCACUGAGUAAUGAUGUGCUAAAUGCACUGAAGAAGGCAUAAGGAAUGUCCAUGGUUUUGAUUACAGGGGGCUAAAGCCAUCCAGUCCCUGUCCCAGUUUGUGGAAGUUUCACAGACAUAAUCUUAUAAGUAAUGUUCAAGUUACAUGUUAAGCAGAGCUCUCUGAUCCUUCUGGCAUUUUUCGGCCUGGGGAAAGCAGGGAAAUGUUAUUUUUGGGUUAAAAUCACCCUCUAUAAGAUGCCUUUUUACCCACAAGAGGAGAGGAGAUAGAGACCUCCAUGGGUGAAAAAGAAGCUGAAAAAAUGGCUAGAGAGGAAGGGGUUAAGCCGUCUUUCUUCAUGCACUCUUCUUCCAUGCUGCCCUGAGGUAUUUGGCUUCCAAAAUAAAAAACACAGAAGAAAAAUUACUGAACUCUGUACAGCCCUUGAGACCUUCAGCAUGCAAAGCAUGUGCUCUAUCACCAAGCAUUGGUCUCUUCCCAGGUGGCCUGAGAUGCCCUGAGAAAAGGAGACAUUUGUAUAUAUCUUCCUAUAAAUAGGGAUGUAUUUCUACAUUACUCAGCUGGAAUGUGGUACAAAGACACCCUGAUUACGAGAAAGCUCUAAAAAGAUAUUUUCACUUCAUUAACUCCACAGUUCGGUCCAUGAAAUUUAUCACCUAACAGAAAAGAACAUCCCAAGACAGAACAAACAAAAUUAAAUAUAGGACAACUACAUGAAACUAUGGUGGGAGAUAAUCUGGGUCUACGAGGUUUGGUGUCAUCACUAUGCUGCCAACACUCAGCUCUAUUUUACUAGUAGCAUAAUAUAUGCCAGCAUGUUUCCCAAUAUAUUGAUGCACACCACCCCAUUCUCCGAGCGGUGUAAGAUUCCAGGGUCCAGGUGGUUAUCCAAGGUUCGUGUUUUAUUUGGAAAUGAGGCACAGCGGAGACUCUGGUGUCUUUAUGAUAUAUGGUUUAUUUACACAUAUAUACAACCUGAGCCUGUGGUGGAGGGACUCGCAGCGCUACCCUCCAAGGGGUUCUUACUUUCCCAUGGCCUCGGUCUUAGAUUUCAGCAGAAAUUAGCCGUGCCACUCUCUGUUGCUCUGUUCCAGCUUGCUGCAUUUCAUAGACCGCCACCUUUUCCUCCCAAGCUCACAUCCUAGCCAACCACAAUCCUAAAAGAAACUACUCUUCUUCAAACUCUGGCCUUUGGCCUUCAAAAUAACUCACAGCUGGAGAGCUGUCUGUCACAGAGCCCCAGCUUUCUUAAUGUUACAAUAAUGGUUCAUCACCUUGCCAUUGUUAACAACUCAUACUUAGCGGCCAUCAUCAGGCUGGCCUGGCUACUCUGGCCAUUAAAUUCCUGCUGGAUUCAGGGGGCUUGAACCUAACACCUAUUAGGAACUAGGGGAAUCUGGCACCUCCAACUCACAAGGAUGUCUUGAAAUAUUUCCAGUGCUCAAAACUAAGCUCCGUUGAGUUCAAAGUAGCUUACUUCCAGAUGUCUGUAGGAUUGCAGCCUCAGUGAAAUGUUAUAAGAUUUAUAAUUUAAACAGAUUUUUAUGUUUAUUGUUACCUAUCCUAUCCCAAGGCUUUAAAUUAGAACGGACAAUUAAAAAUACCGUAAUCAUGUACAUUCUACAAACAAAUUUGUUUUGCAUUGAACAGACUGUAUGCUGUUGAAAUAGCUGCACAGGACUACUACUGUUACAGAUCUUCGUUUCAACCUUUUAUGCAUUGCUAAUAUUUUAGUUCAACUGAUCUAACGAGAAGCCAAGUUCCCCAAAGAAUAAACAAUACAGCAGGAUUUUAUCGUAUUGGUUCGUUCUUUGAGGCUGAUUGCAUUUUCAUCUUUUUAAAGCAGUGUGAGUUUGGAAGCAUAAAAUAAUAUUAAGGGGAAAUUCUGAGAAUGUGGGAAAAAAGAUAGUGAAGAAUUAGUUCCUAAGGGGAAUGAAAUAGAAUUGUAAUAUUACUGACCAUAGUUUCCUGUUUCCCCAUAAUGAUUCACAUAAGUAACCAAUUCAAAUAAGCAGGCAAAAAGUAGGCAGUAUUGUUUUCCCCAGAGUGGACUGAAAACACUUUUAUAAACAUUUUUGCCAAUAUGAGCUUGCUAAUGGUAAAACAAUGGACCCAUUAAGAUAUGCAAGAUUCACUAAAGGUAACCGCAGAGCAAACCUUCAAUGAAAAUAUGAUUGUUUAAUAAAUGAACUGUAUUCACAGUAAGAACACAAUCCUGCUAAACAUAAGAAGCUGACAGAUCCUAUGCAUGUCGACUUAGAAGUAAGCUUCACUGAGUUCCAUGGGACACCUUGGUGAGUAAAAGGAUGCAGCUAUAAUCAAGAUAUGCUUACUUAGGCUAAAGCAAUGGCAGAUAGGCAAUUAAUUUCAGAAUGUAUUACGUAAUGGGAAUAAUAAGUGUGGAAGUUUGCAUACAGUAAUGCUUAGAUACUUGAAUGUUGCCAUUUAUUUUUACUGUAUUCUGUGAAAAUAGAUUUUCACACGAAGGUCCUCUUUCUGCCUGAGUUGGGGAUGAUGGGCAGAGAUAAUACUGCACUUGCAGCCCAUCAUGUCAGCUCUCUGCUUCCAGCCAAUCAGGCGAGAACUGAGCGGUAGGGACAGAGGGGCACCAAGGUGAAUGUGGUCCACCUGAAAGAUUGCAAGGGGUGCCUACUCCCAAGGAUACAGCCAGUUCCUUCCCAGCCUGCCCAUCCCUAUGCAUCUCUUUUUGCUGUAGCUUGUAACAUUGAAGUAAUCUCAGGAUUGCUGUGAACCCAGUGUUAGCUGCUGGUUGAUAGGGCUAGGAAGGAAAUUUACAUAUGGCUGGAACUAGCAGAAUCAGUUUCAAAAUCCUAUGAUAUUUGUAUUGUUGAUUCCCUGGGAGGGAUGGUUUAUUGUUGCUGUUUACCACAGCUUUCUUGUGUCACAAUUAUCAAAGGGCACUAAGGCAUUCAGCAGGAUUAAUAAAUGCAAGGUAGCUGGGGAUGGGACAUUGGGGCACAGGCGUGGGAUAUCCCAUUGCAGGGGUGAUGGCAGCAGUGUGCCCUAGAUUCUCUUUGUGUGAAAGCCACUCAAAUGGCAUUAAAGCCAUUGAUGGCCAUCACUGAUAGCCCAUAACCCAAUUCAACUCCGCAGCCUGGGCUGAGUUAAGCAAUGUGGCAAUGUCAAGCAUAGAACCUCAGCCUUAUGCCAUGCUAUUUGCCUUUGUGAAGCUGUAUCCAAUGAUGUGGCUAGUAUACUUCCAGCUUGGGUGUCCAGUAUCUCUGCUCACUCACAACACCCACUGUGCUCUAUGAGGCAUGAUAAUUUUCUGAAGGAGAUUCCUCAAAGGCAUUAAGCCUCCCUCCCUCCCUCCUUAUAUUCCAUUGGCCAAAUUGGGAUUCUUCUCCAGAAAUAUGAUAGAACAUUCUCACACAGUCACCUUUCCCCACAGUCAGUUUUUGCAUUGUUUUGGUCUAGGUACAGGGCAUUGCUUUAAUCAGCAGAUUAAAAUGCACCUUAAAAAAACAACUGGUUUAAUAAGAUAGGAAUAUUUUAAUCUCUCUAUGUAACCUAAGGGGACGCGGGUGGCACUGUGGGUUAAACCACAGAGCCUAGGACUUGCCGAUCAGAAGGUCAGCGUUUGAAUCCCCGCGACGAGGUGAGCUCCCGUUGCUCGGUCCCUGCUCCUGCCAACCUAGCAGUUCGAAAGCACGUCAAAGUGCAAGUAGAUAAAUAGGUAGUACCGCUCCGGCGGGAAGGUAAACGGCGUUUCCGUGCACUACUCUGGUUCGCCAGAAGCGGCUUAGUCAUGCUGGCCACAUAACCCGGAAGCUGUACGCCGGCUCUCUCAACCAAUAAAGUGAGAUGAGCGCCGCAACCCCAGGGUCGGUCACGACUGGACCUAAUGGUCAGGGGUCCCUUUACCUUUACCUAUGUAACCUAAGAACUUUAUAAGUAGAAAAUACUACUUUUCCCUCAGUCUGGCCAAUGCUAAAAUGAAGUCACUAACUGUAUUAACAGAAAACUGUAAUACAAAAAUAAAUGUUGCAGAAUAUUCUUUCUUUAGUUUGAGAAGGUAGAUUAGCGUUACUUUCACAAUUAAAACCCCUUAAUUGGUUAAACCUAAUAUUAACUGAACUCCAAUACUGCGUUAACAAGCAAUAUAGUUCCUAACCCCAAAGGAUUACAGUCUCUAUAACAUGACCAGAAGAAUGGGAAUAGAAAGUGUUAAAAGUUUGGUCAGAGAUGGGAUGAAGGGGUGGAGAGGGAUAUGAUGGGAAAAACAAAUGAAUAGAAGGAAGUUAAUUACCAAAGAGCACUGAGUGAAUUGGUGAUCCAAAAGUCUCUUUGCAAAAUAAAGGUGUAUUUACAGAGUGUAUUUACAAAGGUGUAUUUACAGAGGUGUAAAUGAAAAGGGGUUUUGGCUUAAUAUGUAGAGGUAGCAAGGCCUUUCCUUGGCACAAAAAGCAUCGUGGAACAAGGCGCAAAGAGCAGAAUGCAAGAAGUGAACUAAGUGGCUUGAUAUUAUGGGCACACGUGGAGUGAUAACAAAAAGGGAAAUGAUAGAAAAUGAGGACAGAGACACAAGCAACAGCAAAAUCGUAGCAAAGAAAUCUGAAUUCAUUGAAAUAUUUUCAGAGCUUGAUGUGAUCAUAAUGGGAUGUGGACCGUGUCUUCUAAAGAAAAGAAUAGCAUCAAAUGCUAUGAGAUUUCUUCAUUUGUUGAUGUUGAAGAAAGAUAUUUUUAAAAAUACAAAAUACAAUGCAUGAUCAUCUUAUUGGAUUAGCAAAAGCAAUAUUUUAGUUACCUUUCAAAGAAGUUUUCAGGGGUAGAGGUCUCAGUUCUGCACAAAUAACUCCCAAGACACAGCUAUCUGACUCUUCAUCUGCUGUUUCUUACGUAUAAUUCAGUAGGGGAGUGCUGCUCGAAGCUGUGUUAUGCUUGAUGUUGAUGCGAAAGUUAUUUAUGUAAGAGAUGUCUGGCCAAUGAACAAUGUGGGAGGAGCGUGCAUUUUCAGAAUGUCCUCCAGGACCUUAUUUUGUUUCAAUAUUCCAUUUUCAAGAUUGGCAGCAUUAUAUCAAGAGAGUUUCUAAUGCUUCAACUUGGUUAGGUGGUCACAGGAGGGCAUGUGUUGACCUUCUCAGUGAACUAAUUGCUUUUAAUGGAUAGUCAAAACAGCAGUGUACAGGAAUACAGUCUGCAUAGUUAGAAUCACUGUCCUGAUAAGUGAAUUUCUAAAACUCAUGAAAAGGAAUGUGAUCAGUAUCUAAUGCAUUAUGGCAUAGUGGAAAGGUUGCACAUACUUCCCCCCUCCCCCCAAAAGUAAAUUGUCCCUGUUUGCUUUUUUUGCAUUGAAAUGGGGGGGGGGGAGAGAAUGUUUCCUUCAUUAAGUUCAUUCUCUAAUGCACUUUAAGUUUAUAUCCAGCAAAAGUAUCAAUGUGUGUGUCCUUUCAGCAUUUUGUUGACAUGUUGGCUUUAUAAGAACAUUUUGCGUGACAGAAAAUCUCUUUAAAGAACAGCUGUUGUGGCUACUUGAUUAGUCACUUCCCAAACUACACAACUGACUGUUUCUUACUUAGUAAAUGAUUCCUCUGGUUCUUUAAAGAAUCACCUAUGUGGUUUGAAGAAACUAAAAUACUUUCUUUAUAUAUGUUUACAAACAGAUUCAAAACACAAAUGGGAAAUCUGGAGUACUUUUAAAAAUCAGCUGAUUUUGCCCCUCUUAUUCUAUUCCCCCCCCCAAAAAAAAUACAGCAGAUUUCCCAUUUGUGUUUUAAGUUUCUUUGUGAAUAUAUACAAAGUAUUUUAGUAUCUUUAAACCCCGCGAGGAAUAACUUUGCUCUUGGCAAAAUCUUUAUUUAUGCAAUAAUACUUACACACAGUUCUUUUCUUCUAGACAAAAAGGUGCUGGCACUCACCAUGAAGUUGUUAUAUUAAGUGCCACAUUUUUAACCAGUGCUUUUCUUCUAGAAAAAAAGGUGAUGGUAUGCAUACACUUGAGUACCCCUAUGGGGGGGGGGGAGGAGCGAGCGCUGCUUACAUAGAAGACAUUCUCAUUGUUUGUGGCCAAAGUUGGUCUGGUAAAUAUGGAUAAUCUGAAAUUCCUGCCUAAAAUAUUAUUAUACCUGUCUUGAUUAUCCUGAACAGGCCUAUUGCUUUGGCAUAUUCUGAUUAACCUUGAUGCGUGACAAAGGCUUAAUGGAAGGUCUAGCUGACUAGCUUAUCACUGUAUGCUUCUUACAGAUAAGUUCUCAUAACCCAGUAGCUAAGUAAGCCUUCAAGUUGCUUGUGUUAAGUAGAAUGUGAGAGAUUAAAGAAUGUACAUCUGUAUUUUGUGUGGGUCCCUAACAAGCAUUAUAUGGAUAUAAAAUAUUUUAUCAAAUUACUUGCAAGUUCUUUAUGAAAACUUAGCUUAUUUUAUAAAAUGAUUUAUUAUUUAUUUAUUUAUUUAUUUAUACAAUAGUGCUAAAUGUAACAUGCAAGAACACAUUUCAGAAGUUUUCUAAAUGUUCUUAAGGAACUAGUACAGUAUUUCUUUAAAAAGUCUUUCCCAAAUGAUCUCGCUGAGCUUCUCCUAAAGGAGAAAAGAAGAAACCAAAUAUAUGUAAGGGUAGUAUCAGAAGCCUUCUGGAUUUUUCUUUCAACUGGAUCUAAUAUUUAUACUCAUAUAGGUAAGCAAUAAUCCCUAAUUUUUUAAAGAUGUAAAUCUUAAUAUAAGAAUGAUGUGUCAGGUUAGGCAAAAUAGUCACAAAGUGUCAGCAGCUGCAAUGACCUGGCUAAAACUAAUAGAGGGUGACCUAGAUGCUGUUACUUUUUUAUAAUAUAAGACUUGUUAGUCACUUAUUAUCCAAAGGUCUCCAAACAAUUUACCUUUAAAAUCAUAAACAUAAAUACAUUGUACCAUAACACCCGCCCGAAACCCCUACAGAACUUUAAACAGAAUGCAC